GAUUUUGACGUGAAUUUCUGGGUUAAGGUUCAUCAAAAGCAGAACAUUGGAUUGUCAUGGAACAGAGCCAUGGAUGAAGUUCAUGUUGAAAGACUAAUUCAGAAAUACAAGGAUAAUGGGGAACUGGACAGUGAGGAUCCAGCUCUGCUAAUCUUAAAACGAUGGCCAGCAUGUGAACAGUACAAAGAUAAUCCUGAUAAACUUCCUGGACUUGAGCAACAGAUAAAUCGGAUUUUAGAGAUUCUUUUAGAAAGUGAAUUAAACUCUGAUAACAGAUAUGAGGAGUUCCGGGAUCAAGAUGAAAAAACAAAAAAAACACUGAUGCAUUACGCGGCAGAGCUUGGAUUUUUACAAGUCACCAAAACAUUGGUGAAGAAAUGUCCUCUGCUUCUUGCUCUGAAGACCAAAGAUCAACGAAAACCUGUGGAAAAAAGAGCCAUGUUACCUGUAGAAUUAGCAAUAGCAGCUGAGAAUGAUGAUGUCGCUGCAUUUUUGAUUAGAGUUAUGUGGCAUGAAAGAGUCCAAAGCUUAUUCUCCUGGACACUUGAUGACAUAACAAAUCCCAAACCAUCUUCCUUCAGUUUCAAGGCAGUAAUUGAGAAUCCUAAACUGAAGAAAACAGUAGUGGCUGUGUUAGACCAGAUGGUGAAUCCUCAUUGGCCAUAUCUUCCACAACGCCAAGAAAACUAUGAAACUGAAGAAGAGAGGGAGGCAAUUGAAGGAGUCUGGAAAACGAUCUCAGAUGAUCCAUUAAGCUAUCAUUUUUAUUAUCAUAUUUUGGAUGGAGAUGAGGGAGGACGACCCCCAAAGAUUUUGGCUUCAGAUGGACACCUGCAGACAGAAAACAAAUAUUUUAACUGGAAAGACAAGUCUUGUCUACAUGCCAUUGCAAAGAGCAACAACAAGGAAGCUUUGCAACAUCCUGUGAUCAGAAUGUUGAUUAAAACAAAAUGGAAAAGUUAUGGACACUUGUGUCUCAGCCUUCAAGCAGCGUUGUAUUGCAUCUUCUUGCUGUGUAUGUCAUAUUCCCUGCUGCAUGCCUCUACCAAACUGGACCCCACCCAUUACAGUGGUGCACUGGACUCAGUGCGCGGAUUUUGCGAGGUUGUCACUCUACUUAUGGUUGUGUUUUACAUCUGUGAGGAAAUCAAUCAAAUAAGAAUAGAGGGGCGUUCUUAUUUCACAGAGUGGAUGACCUUGUUUGACUGGUUAGGACUGCUGUUGAUAUUGUGUAUAGCACCGUUACGAUACAUGGAUCAUAAAGCACAGUGGAUGGUGACAUCUUUAGCCUUCUUGUUCAACUUCCUGAGAAUAUUUAAAUUUUCAUGUGUUUCAAGGACUACAGGAUUAUACACACAAACCCUGGCUAAGAUCAUUUUACACGACGUCACAAGAUCCAUGGCAGUUUUUAUUGUGAUAUUUUUCUCCUUCUGUGGUGCCCUGACUUUAUCACUUUGUUAUUCCGGAUCCAAAGAAAACCAAGAACUUCGUGGUUUUGGAGAGGUCUUCAUGAGCGGGUUUCGUGCACUGUUCGAGCAGUAUCCCAUGGUGCAAAAUUACUCACCUUUCAACUGGCUGUCAGUUCUUCUAAUGAUGGCGUAUAUGGGAACAGUGACUGUGAUUCUGCUCAACAUUCUCAUUGCACAGAUGAGUACAACUUACACACAGGCCAAGAAAGUCGCCCGUCUGGAAUAUGACGUGGAUCGUAUUUUACAGCUCACGCGCAUGGAGAGAUUUCCUUUUCUGAAUUUACGCGUGAAGUAUUACAAAGAGGGAGACUGGAUCAGUGAAAUGAAACUUGCAAAAGAGCUUCUGGAAUUCAGUGAAGAUCGCAGUCCUUGGGAGUCGGUUGAAGAGAAACUUAAUGAGAUCAGGGAUCUGAUGAGAAAGAUGGUUAAACAGAUGAGGCCUGGACGCGAAUAA